GACACCAAGAAGAAGCGCUGCCUGUUACCGUUAACAAAGUCUGAUGUGGCUAGCUCAAUGUUAGCAAGGUAGCACUAAUGGUUGCCCUCUCUGCUGGAUAUUUCCCCCUAUUACUAACUCGAAAUGGGCAAGAGAGACAAUCGAGUGGCUUACAUUAACCCUAUUGCUGCUGCACGAGCCAGAGGACCGGCAGCGAAUGCUGGACCGACUAUACAAGAUUAUUUAAGCAGACCUCGACCAACAUGGGAGGAGUUAAAGGAGCAGCUGGAGAAGAAGAAGAAGGGCUCUCGAGCUCUGGCUGACUUUGAGGACAAAAUGAACGUGAAAUGGAGGAAAGAACUGGCAAAAAACAGAGAGAAGUUGUUAGGUGGAAGUGACAAAGAGAAAGACAAAAAGACAACAGACAAGGACAAAGAAGAGAAGAAAGAGAAAAAAGAGAAAGAGAAGAAGAAAUCCAACAGGCAUUCUUCAUCUUCCUCCUCUUCAUCGAGUUCUGAUUCCUCCAGCAGCUCCUCCUCAGAGUCCGAAGACGAUGAAAAGAAGAGCGUGAAGAAAAAGCGGAAGAGGAAGAAGUCAUCAACCAGGAGAGCAUCAGACAGCUCAGAGGAAGAAUCUGACGCUGAAAGCAAGAAGAAAAAGAAAAGAAUCAAGGAAGAAGGAGAAAAAGAUAAGGAUGACAAGAGCCGUAAAAGAAAAAGGAAGGCCGAGCGCAGUUAUAAAGACUCGUCUUCAGAGUCCUCUGCAGACUCGGAGGGGGAAGAGGCUGAAGCCAAGAAGAAAAAGAGAAGUAGCGAGGAAAAGGAGAAAAUCACAGACAAAUCUAAGAAGAAAAGGAAAAAGAAGCACAAGAAACACGGCAGAAAAAAGAAAAAGAAGGCUGCAUCUCAGUCAGACUCGGAGCUUGACUAACAACCGUAGCUUUACGGUUCAUCCUCCCGACAGUUCACAAGUAGUGUUAUUUUUGCCUUCGACCUCUAAGAAACUUCUCCUAUCCAGCUUUGGUCAUCAUGCUUGAACAAGAGACUUACAGACUUGUAAUGCUGAGACUCUGUGGGUGAAGUAAACCUGAGGGAGGCACCUAUCCCUCAAUGUGGCAACUACCAGUACAUAUCUUUUGUUUUUUUCUUUCUUUUUUUUCUUCUUUUAUUUCCCACCAUGCUUUUUUUUGUAGAUACUGCUCUUUGAGUCAUACUCAACAGUGGGACUGACGUGAAUUCCUCAUAAUUAUUUUUUCCCCUCAUCUUGGAGAUUUCAGUGCGACUGGCAUUUGCUUUCACCGUCACUAUGCUGCCCUCUCGGAGUUGUUCUCUCUGCUUCAUACCAGACAUCUUGCGUUUGUAGAUGAGGCUGUCAUGCUAGUGCCUGCGUCGUGCAUGUAGACCUGAUGACCUGAUGUCUCGCCAGCCUCAUAUUGAAGUUGGACCUAUGAUAUGAAAUGUGAGCUGCACAGUCAACAUUUAUACAAGGGAUAAUUGUACCGUUAAAUUAAUUGUUACACUGCAGUGUAAAUGUAUAAACAAUGGGAAUUCAUUAAUAAAGUAUUGUUUUAGCCUUUA